AUGAAAUUCUCCUCUUUUGCAAUUGCCGGCGCAGUCCUUGCCACUUCUAGCGUCCAUGGAUUCAGCACUCCUUCCAAGUUCGGAGUCCGCCAAUACACUCAACUGGACAUGGCUACUGCCAUCGAUGCUGACACCAAGACUGCUCUUGCCACCGCUGCCAACGAAGCUCGUGGUAUCGCCAUGGACUCCAUCGCCGCUGCCCACUCUGGACACAUGGGACUUCCACUUGGUGCUGCCGAAAUCGGAGCCGUUCUUUACGGAUCUCAGAUGUCUUACAACCCCAAGGACCCCCAAUGGGUCAACCGUGACCGCUUCAUCCUUUCCGCCGGACACGGAUCCAUGUUCCUUUACUCGUGGUUGAACCUUGCUGGAUUUGACCUUCCCAUGGAAGAAGUCGCAAAAUUCCGUCAACACCACUCCAUGACCCCUGGUCACCCUGAAUUCCCUUCUUCCGAACACAACACCCCAGGAAUUGAGAGCACAACCGGUCCUCUUGGACAAGGUGUUUCCAAUGCCGUCGGUAUGGCCGCUUCCGAGAAGAUGGCUGCCGCCGUCUACAACACUGAAGACCACAAGAUCUUCGAUCACCACAUCUUCGCCCUUGCUGGAGAUGGUUGCUUCCAAGAGGGUGUCUCCGCCGAAUCCGCUUGCUUCGCCGCCCACGAGAAGCUUGACAACUUGAUUGUCCUUUACGACGCCAACGAAGUCACCCUCGACAAGAUGGCCGAAUACACCCAAUCCGAGGAUAUCUUGAAGAGAUAUGAAGCCUACGGAUGGGAAGUCUUCGAAAUCGACGGACACGACCUUGAUGCCGUUGAGGAGACCAUCGCUGCCGCCAAGGCCAACAACAACGGAAAGCCCAAGUUCAUCAAAUGCAACACCAUCAUCGGAAAGGGAAUGGAAGAAACCGAGGGAACCAACGCCGCUCACGGAGAAGCUGGUGUCCCAUACGUUGACAAAGCCAAGAUGAACAUUGGUCUUCCCGAGGGAGAGAAAUGGUUCGUCUCUGAGGGAACUCGUGACUUUUUCGGAGAAGUCCAAAAGAAGAACAGUGCUACUUACGAUGAAUGGCAAGCAACCUUCUCUGCCUGGAAGGAAGCCAACCCUGCACUCGCCAAGCAGUUGGAAGAUGCUAUUGCCGAUAAGACCCCUUCUGCCAGUGAAAUGAUCUCUUCGAUCCCCGCGCAAGGUGAUGCCGCCGAGGCUACCCGUGUCUCCGGAUACAAGAUCAUCCAAGAGAUCUCCAGUCUUGUCCCCCACUACGUUUCUGGAUCUGCUGAUCUUCACGGAUCCACCCGUAACUACAUCGACAACGGAGGUAACUAUGGUGCCGGUUUCGACAAGUCUUACGGUGGAAAGAACUUGUACUUUGGUAUCCGCGAACACGCCAUGGGAGCCAUUAUGAACGGAUUCGCCUUCCACGGUCUUUUCAAGAUUUCUGGAUCCACCUUCUUGGUCUUCGUUGAUUACUUCCGCGCCACCUGCCGUGUCGCCGCUCUUUCUGAGUUGAACCGUGUUUCUUACAUCCUUACCCAUGACUCUAUUGGUGUCGGUGAGGAUGGACCUACCCAUCAACCUGUUGAAACCGUUUCUGGUCUUCGUGUCAUCCCCAACUUGGAUGUUUACAGACCUGGUGACGCUGAAGAAACCGUUGCCGCUAUGGUUUCGUCCGUCACCCGCCAAGAGGGACCAACUGCUUUGAUCUUCUCUCGUCAAAACAUUGACCAAAACAACGACAUGGACUACAUGGCCCGUCGUGAGGGUGCUUUGAAGGGAGCAUACAUCGCCAAGAAGGAAACCGCCGACUUGGACCUCAUCAUCCUUGCUACCGGUUCUGAAGUCCAACACGCACUCAAGGCGUCCGCCGAUAUGCCUGGAGCCCGGGUUGUUUCUAUGCCAUGCAUGGAAGUUUUCGAACGUCAAUCUGAUGAAUACAAGGAAGAAGUUCUUCCGUCCUCUGUCACCAAGAGAAUCGCUAUGGAAGCCGGAGUCACUGGCCUCUGGUACAAGUAUGCCUCCAAGGUUGUUGGAGUUGACGAGUUCGGAUUCUCUGCUCCAGGAGAUAUUGUCAUGAAGGAGAAGGGAAUGACCCCUGAGAACCUUAAGGCCGAGAUUGAGUCGAUGUAA